AUGGAUCGGUUCCUGGUUGAACAACAAGCGACAGGUGCGGAUCCAGUCGUUACAGAACCUCAGAAUACCAGAUCACGGGUCGUUGAGAUGGAGUCGAUCCGAUCAUCGGAUCGCGGAUCCAAUUGGGAAUACGAUCCGGACGACAUUGACUUCCCGGCACCCGCCCAAGCGACCGUGGCCACUGCCGCAUCCGGAUCCACUGCAUCCACCAUGAUCCAACGAGUCCGGAUCUCUGCUAUCUCGGAUCUCAAGGAGUUUACUGGCAAGGAUCAAGAUGAAGAUCGCGGGCGAGCGUGGAUCAGCAAAGUGAAAUCUGUGUUCAUGCGAGAUCAAGCAUCAGAUGACGAAAAAUGCUUGACCUUCGCGGAACUCCUCGCUGGGUCCGCGAAGGAUUGGUAUCGCCAGCUGAGCAGAACCACACGCAACAAAUGGAGCGAUCUGCUUCACAGUUUCCAGAUCCAGUACUGUGGGCUUGGAGUAUCGGUAGCAAGACAAUACUACCAUAUGCGACGCAGAUCUGACGAAUCACCACUGGACUACCUGUAUCGGCUCCACGUGGCGGGACUCCGUGCGCGGCUGAAGAUCAAGGAUGGCAGCGCGAAGGAACGACGUGAACAUGUCGAUCAUUACAUCGAGACGCUUGAGGAUGAAGAUCUAGCAGAACGGUUAACCCUGCUACGGUUGACCGACGCGGAUGAUCUCGAAGACGUCCUUCGCGCUCGGGAUCGAGCGAAGAAUCGCCAGAAGAAAGCUGCGUUUGGAUCUGGCAAGUAUCGCCAGAAGACAGCCAAUACGACCCAGCGAAACAAGUGCGUGCGAUCCAGAUCCAAGCAAACGAAUCUGGAUCCGACAGCAAAUCUGACGGAUCGGGUGGAUCCGAUCCUGACUCCGACUAGACAACCACCGAUCUUCCUUGCAGCGAGUGAAGAUGUUACCCCGAAAGUGGAGAAGGAGUCGGCGAGCCCGGAUCCACGACUUCCAGAUCGUGAUCAUGGCCAUCAAGAGCACAACCUGAAGAUCCACGGUAAUGGGUUUAACCGCGAUCGAUCCGUCAGUGGUUUAAUCCUACGAAGCAUACGGGAAUACGACCAGAUCUACUAUCCCGUGAUGUUUGCAAGCCGCACUCUGAAGUCGAAUGAGCUAAAUUAUGGUAUCGCGGAGAAAGAGGUAUUAGCCCUUCUGAGGAUCCUGGAUCUUAACUAUAAUGCGCUGGUCGGGCGUCCGAUCCGUGUGUUGACCCGACACUCUACUUUGGCGUGGCUCUUCAGAUCCAAAGCCUUGCAGGGACGUUUAGGUCAGUGGGCUGCUCUACUGUCGCCAUGGACUCUCGAGAUCACCAAGUGCGUCAAAGGGGAAGAUGAGAUUCUGGGAGCAUUGGCGGCGAGUAUUACGCCUAGAUCACAGGUGGAUAAGGCGCUGAUCUUGAUUGCCCCUAAGAAGGAGCCACGGCGCAAGAUCCAGGCUCCGAUCCCCACUACUAGACUCGACGAGAAUUUGUACGUCGUCAGUUUCGAUAGAUCCGCCCGUGUAAAGAGAGGUGGAGGCGCCUACAACGCGAUCCUGUGGAAAUUGCCUGAAUGGAGAGUGCUAAAGGCCAGAUCUGGCUACGCUGAAGGACGACUAGUGAGCGAAGCCGAAUAUCAUGGACUGUUGUUGUGUUUGGAUCUGUUGGAAGAUCUGGAUCCACGACGUCUAGUGAUCUGUGGGGACUCGAACCUGGUGAUCCGACAAGUACGAGGUGAGAUCGAUUGUAAGGCACCGGGUUUGACACUGCUGCUCCAGCAGGCUCUGGAUCGACUACGUACUUGGCCAGACCACGAGCUGUUACAUGUUAAACGAGAUGCGGACAGCUUAGCAAGCGCCGCUCUGCAGCGGCAA